UGUUUCGUGGAAUUGCAAAUGUCCUUUUAAGUGGGCGUCAUCAACCGCCUAUGCAAAUUCAAAAGCGUUCAGAGCAUAAGAUUCCCGAAAAACUUCAGAAGGUCGCAACGGACAAGGAUCCAGAGUUCUCAUCGAUGGUGUUAUACUAUUAUCACAGGGCUGCUCAGGUUAUGGAGAAGGAAUUGCUUAAGGAAAUGGAUAAGUAUACCCAUUUCAAGCCCGAAGAGAAGAAAGCUCGUGUUAGUGCCAUCUUAAAUCUUGUGGGUAGUACAUGUACCUCCCUAGAGGUCAGUUUUCCCGUUAUCAAAAACGACGGAACCUAUGAGAUUAUUACGGGAUAUCGAGCGCAUCAUGUACGCAAUCGACUGCCUCUAAAAGGAGGUAUUCGUUAUGCCAUGGAUGUGGAUGAGUCAGAGGUCAAGGCCUUGGCGUCUAUCAUGACUUUCAAGUGUGCCUGCGUCAAUCUGCCCUAUGGUGGCUCCAAGGGAGGAGUUCGAAUUGAUCCCUCCAAGUACACGGCUAAGGAACUACAGACGAUUACAAGAAGAUAUACGAUGGAACUGCUUAAAAGAAAUAUGAUAGGACCUGCCAUUGAUGUGCCGGCUCCUGAUGUGAACACAGGACCGCGGGAGAUGAGCUGGAUAGUCGAUCAGUAUACCAAGACAUUUGGAUAUAAGGACAUCAAUGCGGCGGCUAUUGUCACCGGAAAACCCGUCCAUGUUGGCGGCAUCAAUGGACGCAACUCGGCGACGGGAAGAGGCGUUUGGAAGGCAGGAGAUAUGUUCCUGCAAGACAAGGAAUGGAUGGAAAUGUUGGAUUGGAAGACCGGCUGGACGGACAAGAAAGUGAUUGUUCAAGGGUUCGGAAAUGUUGGUUCCUUUGCUGCUAAAUUUGUUCAUGAAGCGGGAGCCAAAGUAAUUGGAGUCCAGGAGGCAGGAUUCGCCUUGACGAAUGAUAAGGGAAUUGACAUCAACGAUCUCAUCAAGUUCAAAGAAGAGAAGAAAACCAUCAAGGGCUACUCCAAGGCAAAGGAAGUCAAGGAGAAUAUUCUCACUGCCCAAUGUGAUAUUUUGAUACCCUGUGCCACUCAGAAAGUGAUUAACAAUGAGAAUGCCAAGGACAUUAAGGCAAAGUUAAUUCUGGAAGGCGCCAAUGGACCUACUACACCAGCUGGAGAGAAGAUCCUGCUGGACAAGGGAGUUCUCAUUGUUCCAGAUAUGUAUUGUAAUGCAGGCGGUGUGACUGUCUCAUAUUUUGAGUUUUUGAAGAAUAUCAAUCAUGUGUCCUAUGGCAAGAUGAACUCGAAGACUUCUGCACAGCUUAUUAUGGAGAUUCUCAACUCGAUUAAUGAGUCCCUAAAUAGUAGCGAUGAGGGUGAAUUUCCACCAAUCGUGGCCAACAAGCGACUCCAAAUGAUUCAGGACUGCACCAAGGAGGCCGAUAUUGUGGAUGCGGCUCUCCAAACCGUUAUGGAAGCAGCUGCCGCUGGAAUUAAAAUGACAGCUCAUCAUUUUGAGCUGUGCAAUGAUCUGAGGACUGCCGCGUAUAUUUGGUCAAUAUUCAAGAUUUUUCGCGCUUUGGAAAGCUCUGGAAUUUCCCAACAAUAAAUUAAUUAGAGAUUUCAAAAUUGCUUAAAUACAUUUUAAGUCAGUGUAAUAUAAUUAAGUUAAUA